AUUCAAGAUGGCGGUCGAAGAAGAAGCUGAAGAUGAGGCGAAAACAAACCAAGAAAAAACAAAAUUGAGUCACAAGAAAUGGAGGCGACUUCUACGCAAAGAGAAACGUCGUGUGAAAAGACAGCGAGAAGCAGAAAAAAGAAAGCAGUUGGAGGAAGAAGAGAAAUGGAGAUAUGAGAAUGAUCCAAUCUACAGAGCAAAACAAGAAUCAAAAGAAAGAGCCGCAGAAAGAAAACGAAAGCAAGAUGAAGAAGAAAGUAAAAGAAAAGAGCAACUUUGGCUAGAAAGAGAAGCUUUAGCUCAGAUGGCUUUUAAAAAAAUGAAAGAGAGGGAAGAGAGGAAAGAAAGAGAGAGACUUGAACAAGAGAGGAGAAUAAAAGAGGAAUGGGAAGCAGAAGAGAAAAGUAAGAAAGAAAAAGAAGAAAAGAAAAAACAGGAGAUACAGAAGAAAGAGGAUGCUGUUUUUAGAGAGUUGGAAAAAACACCCAGACCAGAACAGGAUUCAUCUAAAGAUGGGGCAUGGCAUAACCCACUUGCACCACAAGCAAACAACCAGAAUUACGGCACGGAACUGGACACAGUGAACUGUUCAUUUUACCUCAAGACUGGAGCCUGUAGGUUUGGUGAAAGGUGUUCUCGCGUGCAUCCACGGUUACAGUCCAGUGUAACAUUAAUGAUCCCAUACAUGUACCAAGAUAUCAGGUUAUCACAGACAAUGUUAGAUGAGGCAGACCAUGAUACAGGACUAGAGUUUGACGAAGAAGAAGCUUAUGAGCGAUACAAAUCAUUCUUUGAUGAUGUGUUGCCUGAGUUUGAGAAAGUGGGAAAGGUUGUCCAGUUUAAGGUUUGCUGUAACCAUGAACCACAUCUUAGGGGAAAUGUUUAUGUCCAGUUUUCAAGUGAGGAGGAAUGCGCCCAAGCGUUUGCUGCAUUCAAUGGUCGUUGGUACGCCGGCAAACAACUUUCCUGUGAAUAUUCACCCGUUACCAAAUGGAGGUCUGCUAUAUGUGGGCUGUUCACUCGCAAACAAUGCCCACGUGGCAAGAAUUGUAACUUUUUACACGUGUACCGUAACCCUGGCAACGCCUUUCGAAACAUGGACCGAGAUGAUUUGUCCCCAGGCCGAACGCCCUACAGUGAACGAGGAUCCGAACGAAGCUCGGUGGACUGGAGAAGAGAGUCCAGGGAGGGUAGCGUACGGGAUAGACAUCGUGGUGAAAGUAGCGUACGAAGAAGAGAACGACGUGUGGAUUAUGAGAGGGGGAAGAGUAGGGACAGAAGUGAUUGGGACCACGAGCGUUAUAGUCGUAAAGACCGCGAUAAGCGUGACAGCUUCGGUCGUGACGUGGAACGUGAUAGGGACCGUGAAAGUCAUAAUGGUAAUGAUUACCGUGACCGUGACCAUGAAAGAUAUCGUGACAAAAAUCGCGAUCGCGAUAAAAAACGUGAUCGCGAACGUGAAAAAGAGCAUUACAGAAAACGUGAUAAAAGUCGUGAGCGGCGUAACGAUCGUGAUGGGGAUGCAGAUAUGAAGAAAAACAGUUUAGACAGUGAAAAAGGACAUUCGCGUUCAAGAAGUAUAACCAAGGACAGAAGAAAACGAAAAAGACAUUCAGACAGCGAGAGCAAUGAUGAAGCACAAAACGAUCUUCCGGAGAGAUUGAAUGUCAUGAGGUCACGUGACGACUGGAGUACAAGCAGUGACAGCGAGGAAGAUGGCAAUACAAGGUCAAAGAAAACUGCUAAAGAAGAAGAAAAAGAAAAGAAUAGCGUUGAGAGUGACGGAAGUUCUCUUUCCUCCAGCAGUCACCAUCGAAAACGAAAACACCGCUCUUCACACAAACACCACAAAAAAUCAAAAAAGAAGCACAAAAAACACAAACACAGAAGAACGAGAAACAGCGAACCAAGUGAUACGGAAAACCAAGGCGAAUCUGAAGACGGCUUGGAUAAAACCCAAAAAAAUGAAGAUGAGGUUGAAAAACUGCAUGUAACACCUUACAGAGAUAGUGCUGAUUUGGGAAAAGAUUAAUGUAAAGAAUGCUGAAAAGUAUAAUUUAUUUUCGUAAUAAAAAAGUACAGUCACAUAA